CGCCUCCCCGCUUAAAACAAAACAAAUCUUGGCUGUUGCUCUCCGAGCACCGCAGCCGCUAUUACCCAUUCCACCGCUUCCUCCCGCUCCGCCGCGCCGCCGCCGCCGCCAAUGGAGAGCCUCCGGGUCGCCGUCUCCCACCGUCCGGCUCGCCUCCUCCUCACUCCCCAAAACCACAUCCGCCGCUGCCAUCUCCACCUCCAGCCCUCCCCCAGUUCUGUCUCCCUCUCCGUCCCCAUCUCUCCCCUCCUCUCCCCCACCCCUCGCUGCCACCUCCCCCCGCUCCUCGCCUCUGCAUCGGCAACUCAAGCCGCAAGCCCGAGCCCUAAGCCCGCCGCGGCGGCCGGCGGCGCGAAGCCGCUGCCCCUCCUCGCCUCUCUCGCCGCCGGCCUCGCCGUUCGCUUCCUUGUGCCGCGCCCCGCCGAGGUGACCCCGCAGGCGUGGCACCUCCUCUCCAUCUUCCUCUCCACCAUCGCGGGGCUCGUCCUCGGCCCGCUCCCCGUCGGCGCGUGGGCGUUCCUCGGCCUCACCGCCACCGUCGCCACGCGCACGCUCCCCUUCGCCGCGGCGUUCGGGGCGUUCACCAAUGAGGUCAUCUGGCUCAUCGUGAUCUCCUUCUUCUUCGCGCGCGGGUUCGUCAAGACCGGCCUCGGCGACCGCGUCGCCACCUACUUCGUGAAGUGGUUGGGGCGCAGCACGCUGGGGCUGUCCUACGGGCUCGCUAUCAGUGAGGCAUUCAUCGCGCCUGCCAUGCCUAGCACCACCGCCAGGGCUGGAGGGGUUUUCCUUCCCAUCGUCAAGUCGCUCUCGCUCUCGUCGGGCAGCAAGCCGAACGACCCAUCGGCUAAGAAGCUGGGCUCCUACCUCGUGCAGUCGCAGCUCCAGGCAUCUGGCAACUCCAGUGCUCUCUUCUUGACAGCGGCUGCACAAAACCUGUUGUGUCUGAAGCUAGCAGAGGAGAUUGGUGUUAAGAUUGGAAACCCAUGGAUAUCAUGGUUCAAGGUUGCUAGUUUGCCCGCCAUUGUUGGCCUUUUAGUGACGCCUUAUUUGUUAUACAAAAUAUUCCCUCCUGAAAUAAAGGACACUCCUGAAGCCCCAGCAUUAGCUGCUCAGAGGCUGAAGAACAUGGGCCCAAUAACAAGAAAUGAAUGGGUCAUGAUUGGUACAAUGCUUCUUGCAGUCUCACUCUGGAUUUUUGGGGACGCUAUUGGUGUAUCAAGUGUUGUUGCUGCAAUGAUUGGACUCUCAAUUCUUCUCCUGCUUGGGGUGCUGAACUGGGAUGAUUGUUUGAAUGAGAAGUCUGCAUGGGACACCUUAGCUUGGUUUGCUAUUCUAGUUGGAAUGGCUGGGCAACUUACUAACGUUGGGAUUGUGUCAUGGAUGUCAAAUUGUGUUGCGAAGGUUCUCCAGUCUUUCUCAUUGAGUUGGCCUGCCGCAUUUGGUGUUCUUCAGGCCUCAUACUUCUUUAUUCACUAUCUAUUUGCAAGCCAAACCGCACAUGUUGGAGCUUUGUACUCAGCAUUUCUUGCCAUGCAUUUAGCAGCUGGAGUUCCAGCUGUACUGUCGGCACUUGCUUUGACGUACAAUUCAAAUCUCUUCGGUGCACUAACACAUUAUAGCAGUGGGCAGUCUGCACUAUACUAUGGAGCGGGAUAUGUUGAUCUGCCUGACGUAUUCAAGUUGGGUUUAACAACAGCUGCAAUUAAUGUUGUAAUAUGGGGAGUCGUUGGUUCAUUCUGGUGGAAAUUUUUGGGGCUUUAUUGAGUGUUGCCGCAGUGUAAGUUAAAUAAAAAGUUUACCUUAAUGAACAAGUAAUUCAUGGGUUCCGGGGGAGAGGGGUCAGUUUUUUUCAUGAGGCGCUUGGUGAAUGCAUAAUAAUAAUGUCCAUCACCAGAAGUUUUGAACAUGCUACAUUUGCACAAAAUGUCAAACCAGCAGGCCGAAGGGUUCUCAUAGGUUGACUCAUAUCUUCCCCAUGAAUGGAAUUCACCUCAUGGACGACUUUGAUGGCCAAAAGGCCCUGUAUUUUUUUUGCAACCGUAGCCUAUCAGAAUUUUUUUAUCAUUGCAUCUUGAAGAUAGUUGAUAUACAUAGAGGAGUCUAGUCGACAGCGAGUGGAAGUGUGGAAAUAGCGCAUGGUUACACCAUUCUCACACUUCAGUGAGGAUUCCCUUUCAAGAAAUGAUGAUUCAGUAUUUCUUGACUGAUAGGGGCUACGCUGUUUGAUUGCGAUACUUGAUAUUUGGUGACGGUUCGAUCCUCAUGCUGUGUUCAUCUC